AUGGGUGGCGCAGCAUUUUCCAGCGGGCCCGAUCCGCUGAAUACACCGCGAAUGUCUCCGGCGGUCUACGAGGCGGUGCGCGAGCGCUGCCAUCGAGUGCUGCGCGAGGUGUUUGUGGCGGUGGCGACGCCGAUCGAGGGGCCGGGCAAGACGGACUAUGGCGACGUGGAUGUUUUGGUGGCGGUAGGGCGCGAGCCGGACAGCGAGGGUGACGAGGGCCGGCUGCGGGAGGCCGUCCGACGGCUGGGCGCAGAGCGUGCCAUUCAUGUGCCGAGCAAGGCGACGGUGGCCUUGCCGUGGCCGGAGAGAGAAGAGGACGAAGCCGCUAUUCGCCACGUGCAGGUCGACCUCGCGGUGCUGCCGUCGCUGGCGGCGCUGCAGUGGGCGCUCUUCAAGCACGCACACGGCGACUUCUGGAACGUGUUGGGCACGGUGCUGCGGCCGCUGGGACUGACGAUCGACGAGACGGCGCUGUGGUUGCGCGUGCCCGAGAUCGAGCAGGCGAAUCGGCGGCGGGCGCGGGUGUUUCUCAGCAGCGAUCCGGCCGAGGUCUUGCACUUUCUCGGGCUGCCCGUGUUGGGAGGAGGUGGUGAGGAGAAAGGAAGCGAAGGAGGCGAAAGCAGCAGCGAAACGGAAGAAACCCAAAGAACCCAAAGGACCAAAAGCACCAGAGGUUCCGAUCCAGACGGUCCUCUCUCGCUGUGGGAGCGUCCCUUUGCCGAUGCCGACUCGAUGUUUGCAUACGCCGUCCGGUCGCGCUUCUUCGUGCUGCCACCCGAUGACAACACCAUCGGCACCGACGACACGCACACGUCUCUUCCCGGUCGCAGCAAGGCCAACGACCGUCGUCGACUGCGAUACCGUCCCGUCUUCCGCCAGUGGGCCACCGACUUUGUCCCGGCAUACCGUCGCCGCUUGGCCGUCGAGGCCGUCGAGACGUCGUCCCCCACGCCCACUCGCGCCUCCGUCCGCGAUGCCGCGUUUGCGCGCUUCGCCGAUGCCGGCUGCCGCUACCACCACACACGGACAGCCUGGCUGGCUGAGCGCCGUGCCGUCGACGUCUGGGCUGCUGCCAAGGCUGCCGUGCCGGCCUCACUGCCCGGGCGUUACCGGUCGGCGGCGUGUGCGGCCAUACGGCGACGGCUGGACGAAGGCCCGGAUCCGGACACAGUGCCAGACAUGACCACAAACGACGCCCUCGAGGGAAUGACCGGCCUCGCGGCCUGGACCGUCGAUCAGGCCGUCGCGUUCGUCACCACCCACUGGCAGACACUGGCCGCGGAGGUUGCGCCGGAGGAGCACACACACUAUCUGAGCGCCAGCAAAGCAGAGGACUAA